CUCCGGUCAUCGACAAGGAAGUUCCAACCACUCUGCGUUGAAAAGUUUUUGCUGUGUUGACUUUUCACCUCUUUAUAAAAUGACUGCAAAUCUUCCAUUCCAAACCUCAACCUGCCUCCAUCGAUCAUCUUCCUAAGCUAAUCUUCUUUCACUAAAAAAGCACUCGAUUAUAUAAUAUCCUUCCAGCAGGGGCGACCUGAGAUUCAAUUUCAUAGAACACAGGCUAAGCUAAGAUGGGUGGUAAAAUGAUUUUGAUGAUAUUAGUCGUAGCUGCUGCUAUUAGCUUACAGGGCUCAUACGCAGCGACGUACACCGUCGGAGGCAGCGGCGGUUGGUCCAUUCCGGCCAGUAACAGCGCUUACUCCGACUGGGCCAAAAACAUCAAGUUCGUUGUUGGAGAUGUCUUGACCUUCGAUUUCGUGACCGGAGGGCAUACGGUGGCAGAAUUGAACAAGAAGGAUUAUGAUUCGUGCAAUUUCGCCUCUCCAGUUUCGCUGGCCAAUAACGGUCCGGCAAAUAUCACGCUGAAAUCUACCGGCCCGCACUACUUCGUAUGCACCAUCCAUUGCUCCCAGGGCCAAAAGCUAACGGUCAACGUUAUUUCCGCCGCUAGCACCUCAUCGCCGCCGAAAAGCAGCCCUACCCCGGGCUCUACUCCUUCAUCUCCGCCACCUCCAACCGGAAGCAGCCCUUCCCCGGGUUCCAGUUCUUCAACCCCGCCGCCGCCGCCCUCUGGCGCAACUAGUGUAUCGAUAUUUUCGGGCCUAGUAUUUUUACCAAUUUUCUUGGCAGCUUUGUUGUAAAAUUAAAUACUUUACGGUGAAUAUUACGGAGUAUUAGCUUGGCAUAUGUUUUUCCCAGUAUAAUAAUUACCUGCUAUUUUACUUAAUAGUAGGGUAUUUUGUAUGUUAAUAAAGGAGUUCGAUUUGUAUUUUAAAUUCAGGUUUGUAGUUAUUGCUUGAAUAAAUUGAAGGUUUGCGUAAUUUCGAUGUUCAUUUCAGUUUUGUUUCAUCUCUUUCUUUUAUCCUUUGAGAAUAAAAAAUACUCCGA